AUGAGCAGCUCUAGAGUUUACGUCGGUGGAUUGCCGUAUGGAGUACGGGAAAAAGAUUUAGAACGAUUCUUCAAAGGUUUCGGUCGAACAAGAGAUAUUUUGCUAAAGAAUGGUUAUGGCUUUGUAGAGUUCGAGGACUCACGUGAUGCCGAUGAUGCCGUUUAUGAGAUGAACGGGAAAGAGUUAAUGGGCCGCAGAAUCGCAGUGGAACAGGCGAAAAGUACAGCACGUGGUAGUAAUCGCGACCGUUAUGAUGGCGGCCGUCGCGGUGGACGUUACAACGAAAGGGGUAGAAAUACACGUUUUGGUCCACCACAACGCACCGAAUAUCGUUUGAUUGUGGAAAACUUAUCUAGUAGCGUGAGCUGGCAAGAUCUAAAGGAUUAUGUGCGGACAGCCGGCGAAGUGACCUACUGUGAUGCACACAAAAAACGACGUAAUGAAGGUGUUGUAGAGUUUGCCUCAUCAUCAGAUAUGCGGCGCGCCAUAGAGAAGUUGGAUGAUACUGAGCUAAAUGGUCGUCGUAUACGUUUAAUUGAAGAUCGUCGCGGCGGUCGAAGUGGAGGCGGUCGUGGUCGGUCGCGUUCACAUUCACGCUCUGUUUCACGUCGUCGUUCACGCUCAAAAUCUGCACGUUCGUCACGUUCACGUAGUCGUUCGAAAUCACGUUCAAAAUCGAAGUCACCAGUAAAAUCGCGUUCUCGUUCACGUUCGCGUACAAAGAAAUCUCGUGAGCUCAGCAAAUCACGUUCACGCUCGCGCUCUCCCAAGCGUUUACGCAAAGAUGCUUCACGGGAACGCUCUAAGUCACCACGACAAUCGCGUUCCAAACAUGGGUCGCGCUCACCAUCCAAAUCUCGAGGUAGCUCUCGUGAUCGUUCCAGAUCGCGCUCACCAUCUAAAACACGCGAUGACUCUCGUAGACGUGAUCGUUCCAAAUCGCGCUCAGUAUCUAAGUCACGUGGUGACUCUCGUAAGCGUGAUCGUUCUCGAUCCAGAUCGCACCGAUCAUCGCGCUCACGACAUGAUUCACGCUCACCAUCUCGUGGAUCUCGUGAUCAUUCACGCGACCGUUCCAUCUCUCGAUCCCGCUCAGUUUCAUCGAGAAAGGGUAAAGCAUCGCGUAAUAGGAGUGAAAGUGUGGAUAAAUAA